AAUCUCUACUCGCCGAUUAUCUAUAUAUGCCCGCACACAUUCAUCGAUAAACCCAAUCUUUCAGUUCAUAUACCGAUAGAGACAGAGUGAGAGAGAGAGAGAGAGAGAGAGAGAGAGAGAGAGAAUCUGAAUAUGGAGCAGAAGCAAUCCAAGUACGAGCAAUUCAAGGGCCAGCCUCGCCUCCCGCAAUUCGCGGUGCCAAAGCGCUACGACAUUCGGCUGAAGCCGGACCUAGUCGCCUGCAAAUUCGCCGGCUCCGUUGACAUCUCCGUGGACGUCGUCUCCGACACCAAGUUCCUAGUACUCAAUGCCGCGGAGCUUACUGUCGAUUCCAAGUCCGUCGUCUUCAAAGCCAACAACAAGGUAUUGGAGGCAGUGGAGGUGGAGUUGCUGGCGGAGGAUGAGAUAAUGGUGGCAGAGUUCGGGGAGGCUUUGCCUACUGGUUUGGGAGUUUUGAGUAUUGCAGCCUUUGAAGGAACCCUAAAUGACAGGAUGAAAGGGUUUUACAGAAGUACCUAUCUGCACAAUGGGGAGAAGAAGAAUAUGGCUGUUACACAAUUUGAGCCAGCUGAUGCAAGGCGAUGCUUUCCAUGUUGGGAUGAACCUUCUUUUAAGGCCACGUUCAAGAUGACAUUAGAAGUACCAUCUGAACUAGUAGCUCUUUCUAACAUGCCAGUUAUUGAAGACAAAUCGAAUGGGGAUACGAAAAUAGUUUGUUAUCAAGAAUCUCCAAUCAUGUCCACAUACUUGGUGGCAAUUGUUGUUGGCUUAUUUGAUUAUGUUGAAGAUCAUACACCUGAUGGGAUUACUGUUAGGGUAUACUGCCAAGUUGGCAAAGCAAAUCAAGGAAAGUUUGCUUUAGAUGUUGCUGUAAAAACACUGGGAAUUUAUAAAGAGUAUUUUGAAGUGCCAUAUUCCCUACCUAAAUUAGACAUGAUAGCAAUUCCUGACUUUGCUGCCGGGGCCAUGGAGAAUUAUGGUCUUGUUACGUAUAGAGAAACAGCUUUGCUUUAUGAUGAUAAGCACUCUGCUGCCGCAAACAAGCAAAGAGUUGCAACUGUAGUAGCUCAUGAACUUGCACACCAAUGGUUUGGCAAUCUUGUGACAAUGGAAUGGUGGACCCAUCUAUGGCUGAAUGAGGGGUUUGCAACAUGGGUGAGCUACUUGGCUGCUGAUAGCUUGUUCCCAGAAUGGUCUAUUUGGACUCAAUUUCUCGAUGAAAGCACAGUGGGGCUUCGACUUGAUGGGCUUGCAGAAUCACACCCCAUUGAGGUUGACAUCAACCAUGCUAGUGAAAUUGAUGAAAUUUUUGAUGCAAUCAGCUAUAGAAAGGGUGCAUCUUUGAUUCGGAUGUUACAAAGUUAUCUUGGUGCUGAACGUUUUCAGCGCGGACUUGCUUCAUACAUUAAAAAAUAUGCCUGCUCAAAUGCAAAGACAGAAGAUUUAUGGUCUGUCCUCCAGGAAGUGUCUGGUGAACCAGUGAACAGCCUAAUGAAUUCCUGGACAAAGCAAAUGGGUUAUCCAGUAGUCUCUGUCAAGAUAAAUGACCAUAAGUUGGAAUUUGAGCAGUCACAAUUUCUGUUGAGUGGUACCCAUAGAGAUGGGCAGUGGAUAGUUCCAGUAACACUCUGCUGUAGCUCAUAUGAUGCUCAAAAGAAUUUCCUGCUGCAGACGAAGUCAGAAGUUGUUGAUAUAAAUGAAUUAUUUAGCUCACAGUCAAAAAGUGAUUCCUGGAUAAAAGUUAAUGUGGAGCAGACAGGAUUUUAUCGGGUGAAAUAUGAUGAAAACCUUUCAGUAAGACUUAGACAUGCAAUAGAGAACAAGUUCUUGUCAACAAAUGAUAGAUAUGGCAUUUUGGAUGAUUCAUUUGCCUUAUCCAUGGCAUGCCAUCUGCCUUUGUCAUCUUUACUUGCAUUGAUGGCAGCUUAUAGGGAGGAGCUUAACUAUACUGUUCUAUCUAACUUGAUAAGUAUAAGUUAUAAAGUUGCAAGGAUUGUGGCCGAUGCUGCUCCUGAAUUACUUAAUGACAUCAAGCUGUUUUUCAUUAACCUUUUCCAGUAUUCUGCAGAGAGGCUUGGCUGGGAUCCCAAACAAGGGGAAGGCCAUUUAGAUGCCAUGUUGAGGGGAGAACUUCUUACUGCAUUGGCAGAAUUUGGACAUGAUGCAACAAUAAAUGAAGCAAACAGGCGUUUCCAUAUAUUCCUCGAUGAUAGAAAUACACCUGUUCUUCCUCCAGACUUGAGAAAGGCAGUAAAUGUGGCGGUAAUGCAGAAUGUCAACAAAUCUAAUAGAUCAGGGUUUGAAGCACUCUUGAGAGUUUACAAAGAAAGUGACCUUAGCCAAGAGAAGACUCGCAUCUUAGGUUCAUUAGCAUCUUCUCGGGACCCUGAAAUCAUUCUUGAAGUUCUGAACUUCAUGCUGUCAUCGGAGGUCCGGAGUCAAGAUGCUGUUUUUGGGCUUGCUGUUAGUUUUGAAGGACGAGAAGUUGCUUGGAACUGGUUUAAGGUUAACUGGGAUAACCUAUGCAAAAUUUAUGGUCCGGGAUUUCUAGUAACCCGCUUUGUCACUGCAGUUGUGUCUCCGUUCUCAUCAUACGAGAAGGUGAAAGAGGUGGAGGAGUUCUUUGCAACUCGCACCAAGCCUUUCAUUGCCAGGAGUUUGAAGCAAAGCCUUGAGAGAGUCGACAUAAACGCCAAGUGGGUUAAGAGCAUUCAGAACGAGAAACACCUGGCCGACGCAGUAAGGGAGCUAGCUCAUAGGAAAUACUAGUGUUUUUAUACUUUUGCGCUUUUAACCUGUUCAUCUUCAUAAUGCUCCUUUGAAUUUGAGUUCCCCUGAAAGUCCCUUCUUGAGUUAAAUAAAAGUUGGAUCCCCUGAAUGAUGUGAAGAUCUGCUUGUGUUUGGUUUAAUAAAAAGCGUUUUCCUUGGCUCA